GCCCGCCUCGGCCUCGGCGACGGGCGAGGGCGUGUCGGGCGCCGGGGGCCGGCGGCGUGCAGCUGCGGUGCCGUCCCAGCGCCGCUCGGCUGCUCGCGCGUUUCUCCUGCCCUCGACGGGGUCGCGGGCGCCUGAGCCCGAGGCCCGGGUGAGCCGGCGCCGGCCCCGCGCCCAAGGCCGGCCGGCCGUGGGCGUCGCUGCUUCCUGACACAGUCGACUUCUGCGUGUCGGUCGCGGUCGGACAUCGCAUUCUCACUUCGCCCAAGUGCACCUUGCGCCUUCCUACUCGUAGUUCAAAAUGGCCCCUCGAAUAGGCGCGAUGGCUCCGACUGGCCGCGGCGCGACUCCCCGACAGGCCCGCCUCUGGGCUCUCCCGGCGCCUUGAGCGAAGAUCGCCCUUUACCCAGCACGGUAGGAGCCACGAGGGAUGCUUCAUCCGGAGUUACUGUGAAAUGGGGAAAGGAGAAAUUUGAAGGUGUAGAAUUGAACACUGAUGAACCUCCAAUGGUGUUCAAGGCUCAGCUUUUUGCACUGACUGGAGUCCAGCCGGCCAGACAGAAAGUUAUGGUGAAAGGAGGAACAUUGAAGGAUGAUGAUUGGGGAAAUAUCAAAAUAAAAAAUGGAAUGACUCUACUAAUGAUGGGUUCAGCAGAUGCUCUUCCUGAGGAACCGUCGGCUAAAACUGUCUUUGUAGAAGAUAUGACAGAAGAACAGUUAGCAUCUGCUAUGGAAUUACCAUGUGGAUUGACAAAUCUUGGUAACACUUGUUACAUGAAUGCUACAGUUCAGUGCAUUCGUUCUGUGCCUGAACUCAAAGAUGCCCUUAAAAGGUAUGCAGGUGCCUUGAGAGCUUCAGGGGAAAUGGCUUCAGCACAAUAUAUUACUGCAGCCCUUAGAGAUUUGUUUGAUUCCAUGGAUAAAACUUCUUCUAGUAUUCCGCCUAUUAUUCUGCUGCAGUUCUUGCACAUGGCUUUCCCACAGUUUGCAGAAAAGGGUGAACAAGGACAGUAUCUUCAGCAGGAUGCUAAUGAAUGUUGGAUACAAAUGAUGAGAGUAUUACAACAGAAAUUGGAAGCCAUAGAGGAUGAUUCUGUUAAAGAGACAGAUUCAUCUGCAGCAGCAUCAACACCUUCGAAAAAGAAAAGUUUAAUUGAUCAGUUCUUCGGAGUUGAAUUUGAAACUACUAUGAAGUGUACCGAAUCUGAGGAAGAGGAGGUCACUAAAGGAAAGGAGAAUCAGCUUCAGCUCAGCUGCUUCAUCAAUCAGGAAGUCAAGUACCUUUUUACAGGGCUUAAAUUGCGUCUUCAAGAAGAAAUCACUAAGCAGUCUCCAACCUUGCAAAGAAAUGCUUUAUACAUCAAAUCUUCCAAGAUCAGCCGGCUACCUGCUUACUUAACUAUACAGAUGGUUCGAUUUUUUUACAAAGAGAAGGAAUCUGUGAAUGCUAAAGUUCUUAAGGAUGUUAAAUUUCCUCUUAUGUUGGAUGUGUAUGAACUAUGUACACCAGAACUUCAAGAAAAAAUGGUCUCUUUUCGAUCAAAAUUCAAGGACCUAGAAGAUAAAAAAGUGAAUCAACAGCCAAAGACAAGUGACAGAAAAAGUAGUCCCCAGAAAGAAGUUAAGUAUGAACCCUUUUCUUUUGCUGAUGACAUUGGAUCCAAUAAUUGUGGCUACUAUGACUUACAAGCUGUACUGACACACCAGGGAAGGUCUAGUUCUUCAGGUCAUUAUGUAUCAUGGGUGAAAAGGAAACAAGAUGAAUGGAUUAAGUUUGACGAUGAUAAGGUCAGCAUCGUGACACCGGAAGAUAUCUUGCGGCUCUCUGGUGGUGGAGACUGGCAUAUAGCUUAUGUUCUGCUCUAUGGGCCUCGAAGAGUGGAAGUCAUGGAAGAGGAAAGUGAACAGUAAUCUUCAUUUUAGCUAUUUAUGCUUAGGUGUGAAAUAAAUGUUUUUGUCGAUCUCUUCUAUAAUCCAGGGCUCUGGGGAAGAUAUUUAAGUGGUUUUACGUUUCCCCAUCAUGUGGGACAAAAGAGGGUGGAAGCAGACCACUCUAUAUCAACCUGAAAAAUUAGGAAAAUUGCUUUUGGAUUGUGCUGCCCUGUAUAAAGAUGGCAGGAAAACAUUUUUAAAUGCUCAUUUCUUGCAUUAUUUCUGAGUAAUUGUGUUGAAAUGCCUCUUGACCAUUACCUGCUGUGAUAAUUUUUCUCCCUGCCUUUUUUAGCCCAGGAUUCAGCAAUCAGAUGUUUAUUGCACACCUAUUACUCUAUUACUUGUUCUUGCAUGGUUUAUACCACCAUCAGUAGCUGCCCAUCCUCUGCCUUAUCUAACAAUUGUCGCCAGGAAGGUGGAAAGGAGUGUUGCUCUCAUCGUGUAUCUCAGUGCUGCUGUCCACAUCCCAUGGAGACAUGGGUACAAUCAAGUAUUUGUCAGCUGAACUGUGCUGGCUUUUCAUGACUUUAAAAAUAAAUUGUGAUCAAUAAUAGUACAUAUGAUUAUACAUUUAUUACUGUGUCUCUGAUGUACUAUGGUUUGUACAUUUAACUUUGCAAUGGUUUUAUAGUAAUCAACCUUAUGAAACGUUGACAAGCUCUGGUUACUUAUUUUUAGAAAAUGAGGAUAUUUAAUAAAAAAAAAAUGAGGGAUUAACA